UCUAAAACUUUCAUUUUACUCUUACCAAAUUGUGAUAUUGAUGGGGCAGUACAAUUGAAUCCUCUACUUCCUCUUCUUGUUUCUGAGUCUUAAGUUUUGUUCUUCAUCAUCAUUUCCAUCCUUUUCAGCCAACAUGUCAUUGCAGUUGUGCUCCCAUUAUGACAGGCUUGCCUUGAUCCAAUUCAAAAACAGCUUUUCACUAAACAGUGACGUUUCCUACCGUUGUUCAACUUCUUAUCCAAAGACAAAGUCAUGGAAAGAAGGCGGGGAUUGUUGUGAUUGGGAUGGUGUUACUUGUGAUCCUGUCAUUGGUCGAGUGAUUGGGCUCGACCUCAGUUGCAGUUGGCUUUAUGGCUCUCUAGAUUCCAACAACAGCCUCUUCCGACUUUCACGCCUCCAGAAACUCAAUCUUGCUCAUAAUAAUUUUCAAUCAUCUGAGAUUUCUUCCGAAUUUGGUAAGCUUGAGAGUUUGACACACCUCAACCUCUCUUAUUCUCGCUUUUCAGGACAGGUACCAUCCGAAUUAUCGUACCUAUCCAAAUUGAUUUCUCUUCAUCUCUAUGUUGUGGAGGUUGAAGUACCUACGCUCAGAGGAUUGCUUCAAAAUUGUACAGUUGUGCAAGAACUUUUUUUUUACGGUGUGAACAUGUCUUUAGUAAAUCCAGGUUUGUUGAUGAAUCUCUCAUCAUCUUUGACAUCUUUGCAUCUUCAUUCUUGUGACUUGCUUGGGAAGUUUCCAGGGGACAUUCUCCUUCUACCAAACCUCCAGUUAUUGCAAUUAACACGCUUGGGUGUUGAUUUUCCAAUGUCUAAUUGGAGCACAACUCUGAGGCACCUAGAACUUGUUGAUCUGAUAGAUCCAACUUGUGGCAAUGAUGGUGCUCCACCACAAUCACAAUCAAUGCCUAGUGAAGAGGAUGAUUCUGGAAGCGGGUUUGAUUGGAAGAUCAUAAUGAUGGGAUACAGUUUUGGUCUGGUAAUGGGAUUGUCUGUUGGAUAUAUUGUUUUCUCAGGGAGACCACAAUGGUUUGUGAGGAUGCUGGAACAAUAUGGACCCCGAAAAGCAAAAAGAUCAACCCAAAGACGAAGAGGAAGAAGAAACUAAGAGAGUGGAAGCUGUGCUAAUGGAAUGUAUUGUGCCUAGCUGGAAGCAAAGGAUGCUGCACUAUACUUUCUUCAAAGAGAAGCUGCAGUUAAAAUAAAAUGUAGUAGACCAUUCAGCAUGGGAGUUCUACUCUACAUGAUAUUGGUCAUUGUUGUAUGGCUUCCAGAAUCCUGCAUUUCUUUCUUCUUUUUAUUGCUUUCUUUUAAGAGUUUUAAUCUUUUUUGUAUGAAGUGUACUGUAAAUUUCUCUGAACCUGCCGUAAACUAUAAACUAUC